GUGAUUGGCUGAGCGCAGGGGAGGCUGUGAGGUGUCACAGGAGCUGCUCUGUGAUUGGCCAUAGGAGAAUUUUGGGCGGGACUUUGACUCUGGGGUUUCGUGUUUACCAGAGUCUGAAUCAGAAGCAGAAACCCGGUCACGCGCGACUGAACAUCAGUGGAUUUCCAGACUGGUUUAAGUUGAUCUAGUCCUGUGAUGAUUUUACUGUUAAACCGCGUCUGAUUGAUGAGAAUGGAGUAUAAGCUGUCAGUGAUGAGUCCUGUGAGAUAAACGCUGACAGCAGGAUUUCAUUCAAACAUGCCCAUCACACAGCACAUAAACUUUCCAACAGACUCACAGUUCAACCCUCAGCCCUCUAUAACCCCCCUCACCCGGGCACCACCGGGCUCCGCCCACUCCCUGCGGCCUCCGCUGGACUUCACUCUGGGCGCUCUGGCGUGCUGCGGGGCAUGCGUGUUCACCAAUCCUCUGGAGGUCGUGAAGACCCGACUUCAGCUGCAGGGUGAGCUGCAGACCCACGGCUCGUACCAGCGGCACUAUCGCGGGGUGGGGCAGGCGCUGUGGUUGGUGGGCCGUACGGACGGGAUUCGAGGUCUACAGAAGGGUCUGACGGCGGCACUGUUGUAUCAGGGGCUGAUGAACGGUGUUCGACUGGGGUUUUUCUCCUACGUGGAGGCCUCGGGGCUGACGGCCGUCCCGUGUGGAAGUCUGAUAGCCGGGGCGACGGCGGGCGCUCUGGGGGCGUUCAUUGCCUCCCCUGCUUAUCUGGUAAAGACUCACCUGCAGGCUCAGACGGUAAAGGCCAUUGCUGUGGGACAUCAGCACAACCAUCAGAGCGUCUCCAGUGCCUUUGUGUCCAUCUACCAGCGUGAGGGCAUCUUGGGUCUGUGGAGGGGCGUCAACGGGGCGGUGCCCAGGGUCAUGGUGGGUUCAGCUGCACAACUGGCAACGUUCAGUUCAGCUAAAGGCUGGGUAACACACGCACAGUGGUUCAGUCCACAGAGCUGGCUCACGGCGCUCACAGCCGCUAUGAUCAGCGGGGUCGUCGUGGCGAUCACCAUGACACCGUUUGAUGUCAUCAGCACUCGACUCUACAACCAACCAGUGGAUGAGUUCAAAAGGGGUCGUCUGUACAGCGGUUUUAUGGACUGUCUGAUGAAGGUCACUUCCACUGAAGGAGUGUUGGGUCUGUAUAAAGGAAUGACGCCGGUGUUUGUGCGUCUGGCCCCUCACACUGUUCUCAGUAUGUUACUGUGGGACGUCAUGAGACAGCGAGCGCUACACUACACAUCUUAACACACACGCUGAAAUCUCUCGGGACCUAAUGAGAGAAGUUUCUUAUCAUCACCAUUAAUUAAUUCAGAACUUGAAGAGGAUCAUGGGAAAUUUUUUAACUCACUUGUGUGUCUUAUCUUUAUGUGAAUCUAUGUUUUUUUAAUGUGCAGUUGAUUAAAGAUUUACUAACUGACUAAAGUGU